AUGAUUCCUGAAUAAUAAUAGGGAAUAACAGAGGAAGAGAAAGAACUCAUUCUUAUUGAAGAAUUAUCAUAAAAAUUAGAAGGUUUGUAUAAGGACAUGGAAUAAAUAAGGAGAGAGAAUCUUUUAUUUGAAUCAUAUAUAAUGCGAAACUCCAAAGAUUUGUAGAGAGAAGAUGAAGCAGAAGAUAAAAAGUAGAAAACUAAAAAGAAAAAUUAACCAGUUGAUAAAAAAGUAAUCUAUUUUUAGAUUAUAUUAGACAAUGUAAUUGACAAAUGAAGAGAAAUAUGAGAUUGCUUAAUUUGAGAGUGAUACACUAAAAAAGAAUAUUGAAGAAGGCAGAAUUAGAUCAGAUUAAAUAUUAGAAACAUUAAGAGUAUUAUAAUUAUUAAAAUUAUUAGGCAAUUUUAGAAGAAACAGAUAAAGCUAUAACAGAAAUUAGAAAGGAUGCUUUUGAUUUUUAAAGAGAAAUAUUAUUUGCAGGUGAAAAUACAAGAACUGGUAAAAUAGAAGCAGAAAGAAUAGAAAAGUAUUUUAAAGAGAAAUUAGCAUAAAAAGUAUAAAAGAAUAAUUAUUUUAUUAAGGAUGCAUAAAUUGAAAAAUAUAAAUAAAAAAAAGCUAAUAUAGAAUAAUAAAUUACUAAAACUAGCAAUUAAAUAUAAAAGAAAGAAGAAAUGGGUGAUGAUUUAAAAUUUAUUGAUUUUCAUUAAUUAUAAAUUGAGAAUAAAAAGUAUGUUAAGUAAAUUGAUGAGAAAAAUAAGAAAUUACUUGGAUUAAAAAUAGCAACUGGUAAAAUAUCCUCUGUUUUGAUAGAGGAAAGAAAUCAACUCUAAAAUGAAAUAGAUUAAUGUAAUAAACUUAUUUAAGAAAUUGAUGAUAAAAAUAAAAAAAUAGCUAAAACUUAAGAAUAAACAAAAAAAGUCAAAACAUAAAUAGCAUCAUUAACAGAAAAAAAGAAAAAAUUUGCAAUCUAAUUAGAAUAAGUAAAUAAUGCUACUAAUGAAGAUAUUCCUAAAGUAAAUAUUUAUAUAAUUUAAUAGGCCAUGACAUAUGUAUUGUAAAAAAGAAAAGAAGAAGAAUUAGUAUAUAAGAUAAGAAAUACAAAUCGUAAAAUAGAAAUAGCAGAAUUAGCAUAUUAAAAAGCAUGCAAAGCAUUGGGUGUGAAUCCAAUAUAAUAAUGAAUAAAAUAACAUUUAAAUUCAAAGUACAAG